CAGGCUAAAGCACCUGCACUCCACUGGCCUGGGUGGCUGUGUCCCAGUCAUCUUGGUCUCCUCCGCCAUGUUCCUGAGGCUCCCCUGGGCUCCUGGACUCCUCACUUGGCAGCAGUUGUGGUUACUGGUCCUGGUGGCCCCACUUCCAGAAAGGCACUGGAUCCUGCCAACCACCAAGCCCCAAGAGCCCAGAGAGCCCUGGGCUUUGCCUGAUCUCCUGCCAGAAUUGUCCAACGCCCUGACUGUCCAUCCACAGCAGAAGGGCUUUGGUAAGGUAGCAUCCUCUGCUCCCUCCCAGGGCGUGGCCCCACUUCUAGAAUCCCCUGGGCGAAUUGGACUUUCUCAGGUCCAGCUAGAGACCCAAACUCAAAAUCGAGAGACUGUAAAGGCCCAUCCCUCUUCAUCUCACCAAGAAGCCAAAGAUGACCUCUUGCAGCCCUCUGAGGAAGCUGAGCUCUCUCUAACCCAGCAGGAUACCCAUGCUCAGUACGAACUUGGUCCUGAAGAGGUUAUAAGCCAGCUGUUGACACACCAGGAGGAAAAAGCUCCAUCUCCAAGUAGUAGUAAAGUGCAUCAUUCAAACAUGCAAUUUGUCACAGUGAAACCUGUGGACAUGGAGGUCACCAAAACUACAGAGGCAGAAAAGGAGCUGCAACCCACUUCAAGCCAGAAGCAGGCCCCAGCCCAGCCCCCAGAGAGUUCUGAGAAGAUGGACCUUUCCUCAAGCCAACAAAAGGUCCCACCUCAGAAUCCAGAACUCUCUGAAGAGGUGGAAACUUCCUCAACAGCACAGGAGCCCGCAGCUCACCCUGUAGGCCCUCUUGUGGGGCCUAAAUCUUCUGCCACUAGGAAGAUAAAGCCAGGUCAACCUUUUGAGUCUCCUAGGACAGAAGAACCUUCUGGAAGCCAGUUAGAAGCCACAGUUCAGCCUUCAAAGUACCCUGAAGAGCUAGAAACUUCUCUAACCCAACUGGAGCGACUACUUAAGUUUAAAGAGCAUCAUGAGGAAAAAGUAUCAACUUCAGGUUACCACCAUGGUAGGCAGCCACACUUGCCCCAUGUGACUGGUAAACCCCCAAAUCUCCAGCUUGCUAUAACCCCAGAACUCACCAAAGAGGAGGGAAUCUUUCCAACCCAUCCUGAGACUACAACUCAGUCCUUGGGAUUGGUGACUGAUGUAGAACCUUCUGUAAGUCAUCAAGAGGUCUCAGAUCUGUUUUCUGAGCCUUCAGAAGGGGCUGAGCUCUUACCAUUUCAGCAGGAGUCUCCAGCUCAGGCUUCUGAACCUGCCCAGCAGGAGGCCACAGUUGGCGGUUUACAGACUUCUGAGGAGGGUGAACCAUCUUUGAUCCCUCAGGAGCCACCUUUGACCCCUGCCCAGCCAUCAGAGCUUGCUAAUGAGCUCGAAGCUCAGCCUCCAGAACUACAUGAGGCAGCAGCUUCUCCUGUAGGUGACGACCAAGCUCAUCCCCCAACAUUCAACAGCGUUGCUGUUACACCUCCCGAGUUGUCCAAUGAGGUUGAAGUAGAAAGUUCAAUUGAACAGGAGUCUCUGGCUGAGUCCUCAGUGUCCCCUGAGCAAUUUGAACCUCUCAGAGACACUCAGGAACUUAUAACCCAGCUGCCUAACCCUGCCAUAAGGGAUGAAAACUCUCCAUUUGAUAGUGGGGUCCCAACUCCAGCCGCAGAGCUCCCUGUGGGACAUUCUCUAAGCCAGCCUGAGAGCUCACCUCUGUCCCCAGACUCCUCUGCUGAUGUAGCAGUUUCACCAAUCCAGGAAGAGCUCUCAGAUCAGCCUUCGAGACCCCCCAUGAAAUUUACUCUUUCCUUUUUGAUGAAAGAAGGAGUAACAUUUUCAAUCCAACCUUCAGAGCCAUCUGAGGACAGAGAACCAUCUUCAGUCCCCCAUGAGGGUGCCACUCCACCUUCAGAGUUACCUGAUGACAUAGAACCUUUUGGAGCUCAGGGGAUGACCCCAUCUCAGCCUGCAGAACUCUCUGAGGCAGAAGAACCAGCUCCUGCACAGCAGCCAGCCAUGGCUCCUCCUCUGAUGCCUUCUGAGGAGGUAGAACUUUCUCCAGCCCAGCCCAUCAUGCUGUCUCAGCCUCCAAAUGAAAGUACAGUUCACCCUCCACCCCAUUACAAGACGACAGUUCCAACACCAGCUCAGGGUCAAGCUCAGCAUCCCAUCAUCACGUUUAAUCCUUCAGACUUAGAAAUCACUUUACUUGCAGAGCCUAUGGCAGAGGACAAACCUUCUACAGUCCCAAAGAAGCCUACAGUUCUUCCUCCAAAGCACCACGUGGUGACGCAUCCACCUCCCACCCAGAUUCAGACUCAGCGUCCAAAACUCAGUCUCCUCACAGUUCAACCACUGCACCAGAAGCUUAUCAAAACUCCACAAGCUAGUGCUGUACUUAGACCCUCUCCAACUGGGCAGGUGACCCCACCUCAGCCUCCAGAACCACCUAAAGAAGCUGUCACUCAGGCGCCAAUGCCUCAUAAUGUCAAAGUUGUAACUCUAGCUCAGCAACCAACAUCACCCAGGGUCACAGACCAACCUUUACACCUAGAGCACACAACUCCAGCAAUCUCCACUGAGGCUCAGUACUCUGUAGCCCUGCAAGAAGCUGAAUCCCCUCCAAUACCCCCUGAGGUGACGCUUGUACCCCUGGAGCAAACUCAGGCUCAGCAGCCAACCCUGGCUGAGGUCUCUGUUCAGCCUAUGGAUGUGGAACUUACGAUCACUGAGUAUUCUGUGGAUUACUCUCCAACCCAGGCUUUCACUGGGCAGGAGAAGCAGAACACCAGGACAGACACCGGGCUAUGUGAGCUCUGUACAUGUCAGAGUGACACCUUGUCAUGUACUGGCCUUAGCCCAAAGUGGAAGCUCCACCAAGUGCCUGUACUAGAACCCAACACUACCUUCACCACUAUAAAUUUCCAAGAAAACUCUAUUUUUUACCUGGCUGAGAAUAUUUGGACAACAUACAAGUGGGCUGAGAAACUAAAUCUCAGUGAAAAUGACCUGACUGAAUUACAUAAAAAUUCCUUUAAAGGCCUGCUGUCCCUCCAGUAUUUAGAUUUAUCCUGCAAUAAAAUACAGUUUAUUGAAGCACAGACAUUUGAACCACUACCCUUUUUGCAGUUUAUAAAUCUUCGUUGCAAUUUACUCACACAACUGAGCUUUGGAACAUUUCGGGCAUGGCACGGAAUGCAGUUUUUACAAAAAGUCAUCCUCAAUCAUAAUCCUCUGGCAACUGUUGAAGAUUCCUAUCUUUAUAAAUUGCCAGCAUUAAGGUAUCUAGACCUGGGGACAACACACACACCACUUCCUGUGGUGGAGAACAUCCUCAUGAUGACCCUCGGCUUGAAGACGCUGGUCGUGCCGAGGCACAUGGCUUGCUGCCUCUGCCAAUUUAAGAGUGAUAUCGAGGUUGUCUGCAAAACAGUCAAGCUGCACUGUGAUGACACCUGUGUGACCAACACCACCCAGUGUCUCGAGGAAGCCCCCAUCGGGAACACAGAGGGAGCGUUCAUGAAGGUGUUACAGGCCCGGAAGAAGAACACCAAGACUGAGCUGGUGAUCGAGCCUGAGAAGUCUGCAGAAGAAAGUGCUGUCAACUGGCUGGACUUGCAGAACGAGGAGCUCGACUCUAGUGAUGAAAACGAAGUGAUCGGAGCGCUUAAUUACCUAUUGCCUUAUUUCUCAGAGGAGAACCUGGAAGAUAUACACUCAUUAUUGCCAUUCAUUCGAUUGCUUUUCUCAAACAUGCAACACGAAGCUAAUCCCCACAGUGAUUCAAAAGGAAAUGUGCAAAGAAGACCCUCUCAUCAACAACCUGUAUCCACCAGUUCAGCUUAUGGAAAUGAGCUGAAGAAGCUAUAUUUUCUACGAAAUUGGUUAAAUGCAGAAAUUCAGGGUAAAAUUGAGGAGGUUAAGAAGAAAGAAAAAAUAGGCAAGAUUAUGCAGUCCAGAGUUUCAAGUUCCAAAUUUCAAAUCAUUCCCAGGAAUUUAGCAGGUGCUCAAGCACAAGAAAACAGACUGGCAGAGGAUGGGCACAGGAGGAGAAGGCUGAGGACCAUGGACCAGGUCCUCAAGGGCCCAGAGCGCUUACAGAAAAGACUGUUCAAGGAAUGGCAGAAACGAGUCCGGGAGAAGCAAAGCACCCUGCCACUGGUGGAGCAUACUGCAGAUAUGUGGAGCCUUGGCAGCCACAGCCCAGGGAAGCCAGGGCAGAAUGACAAGGCGCUGAGGCCCAGAAACUCGGUGCGGAAGCUGUUCAGUACACAAGAGAAGGAGCCCGUAUCUCCCUCCCUGAAGGGUCCCCUGCUGGGCAAGUCAGCCAUCUCCAUCCCUGGCAAUGCCCUGUGGGAGGUAAAAAACAGGGGCAAAGACUUCACCAGCAGCAUUUUGCUUUUAGAACAUGCCAGAGCUAAAGUUAAAAGCAUGAAAGCUAAGCCAAUAUUCACUUUCCAAAAAAGUCCUAGCUUUCCUAAAACUCACUCUCUCGUGGCCCCCAGGACACCCCAGCCCAAGCCGAGGGAGCAGCUCACCAAGGAAACCAUGCGCCAGAGGCUGAGAAGCGCAGAGAGGCCUCUGUUCUGGGCUCUGAGGAGCCUCAUCCACUCGCCACAGCGAGGGCUGCCCUGGUCCUCUGGAGAGCUGCACAUUCAGGAGAGCGCUUUGUCCCAGUUAAAUGCCCCUGCUGAGCCUUCUGAAGGGAGCACUGCUGCUGCUGCUGCUGCUGCUACAGAGAACCAAAGCGCAGGAAACACUUCUGAAGGAAAUGUUUUUACAACAGACUCACCCAUUUCUGCCACGGUGGCAGCACUCAGCCUGACGCCCCCCAAGGUGACGGCUCCUGACCUGAUGUCCACCAAGGACCACGCCAAUGACACGCACUGGGAGUACCCCAGCAUCAACACCGACUCGCCCCCUAACAGCCCCUCUUUCCCCUUGCUGCCUUCACCAGGGGAUCAGUUUGAGAGCCAGCUGAACCAGCAGCUCCACGUCCUUAUCCCCAACAAGGAGGUGAGGCGGCUCAUCUCCUACGUUAUCCGCACCUUGAAAAUGGACUGCUCUGAUCCCCGCGUGCAGCUGGCCUGCGCCAAGCUCAUCUCCAGGACUGGGCUCCUGAUGAAGCUGCUCAGUGAGCAGCAGGAGGAGAAAGUGGCCCAGACCCAGUGGGACACGGAGCAGUGGAAGAGCGACACCUACAUCAACGAGAGCACAGGCGCGGCGAGCGGUCAGCAGGAGCAGGGCGCAUCCAAGUUCGGAGGCAGAUCUGAGGGAGCCCCAGACCAUGGCUUCAGCAACAAACUCAUCCUUGCAAUCUCCAUGACGGUGGUUGUGAUGCUUCUGAUCGUCAUUUUCUGUCUUAUCGAGAUUUGUUCCCACAGAACAGCUUUGGAGGAGGGAGGGUCCUCCAGGGGCUUUUUCCACCAGAGAAGGAAGUGCUCAGCAGAAGAGAACCCAGAGGGCUUCUCCUGGUUUUGGCGGCCCCUGUGGCUCAGGGACAUGAACAGACCCCUCAGUGUCACCCGCCAGCAAAGCAUGGCACAGAAGCUGCACGACAAGGACUCCUCGGAUGAGGACGCGACCACCAGGGACACAGGGGAGCUCAGCGAAGGCCUUGCGGAGGAGGGGUUCACAGAGGUGCCCACAGGCGGAGAUGAGGAGGCAGGCGAGGCACCAGAAGCACCGGAGGCAUCUGAAGCACCGGAGGCGGCAGAUGAGUGACCCGUCCUCCCUGAGGGUGACCGGCAAAUUUUAUUUUGG